AUUCAUGAAGUCGUGCAGGCAUCCAGAAAUAAAAGGUUUAUGUUUUCAAACCGUCGAAUGGCUAACGAUUACGCUGCUUCAGUGGUUCUGGGGCACGCAAACGUGAAUAAAUCAUACAAGCUUUCCAUGGAUUCUACGUAUGGGUACGCUUCCCUAAGUGGGACCUUUGAAAAGCAAAAUCCUAUACCAAAAAUUCGGAGAGUAAUCGCUCAAAGAGCUCUUGUUAUACCAGUUGAUGAGUACAAUACAUCUCAAAAAUGCUGUCACAGUCUUCAACAAACAAGAAACAUAAAUUAUUCCGAGAUUUCGUACAUGCAACAACCGAGACUUCAAUGCAAACUUACGUGCCUAAAUCAUCUGAAAUGUUUUGACGAUGAAGACAACAUUUUAUGGAACACCGCGGAUUGUUAUCAGCCAGAAGAAGAUAAAAAAUCUUGCGCUUAUUCCAUGGUGACUGAUAGAGAAACUUUGGUUAUAUUUAUUAUAGGAUCCUUCCAAAAUGUUUACCCUCUGAAAUUGUUUCAACAUUGCCAACAAGAAGGUUCGCCCUGUGUAAGUCGUUUUAUAUGCAACAGAGACGUAAACGCUUCCUGCAAUAUCAAAACGCUGUUGACGAGAUACAUAAGAUCUGGUUUUGCUUUAGAUUCCAGGUAUCCACAGUUGACAAGAACAAGACAAGAAGGCCAUUAAACAUAAUUACUUAACUAGGCACUAUUCCAUAUACAUACACAUAUACUUACAAUAUAUACUCCACUCAAAUAAAUUUGUGAACUUAUCAAUAAAUACAUAUUAUACUGCAUUUAUUAUCCAAUAAUAAUAAAACCAUUGUAUCGACAUAAGGUAUAGCAU